AUGUUAACCGAUAAAAUAGCUUUGGAAAAUACUCUUGGACAGUAUAGCAGUAUCAUUCCUAAAUCCACCAUGAAGCUUGUCCGUCUUGGAAAAGUGCGUCAAGAUCAUAUUCGCCCUUUGAAAAUUAUCUUUCAAUUCAAAGAUGAACCAAUCAACUUCAUACGCGACUUCACUGAUGCUAAACUCGGUGUAGCUAUGUUUCCAACUAAUUUCCGGAUUGUCAGGGAUAAUACUGUCUAUGAACGUGGUUUACUUCGGUCUUGUCAUUCCGAACUUGAUCGCAGGGCUGAAUCUGUUGAGGUUGGUCUACGGAUACGAUAUGUCAAUGGUGUGCCAAAAAUUAUACAAGAUAAUUCAAAAAACCGGGUCCCUGGAAGCGGAUCCAAUCAUCAACCUCAACCCUAA